UGCAAGAUACACUCAGCAGUUCAGCAACAAAUAAACACAAAACCUGCAAUAACUCGUCGACAAGGAAUUGACAUUUAAUCUGUUUCCGAAAGUUUAUUCGCUUACUAUUUUUAUUAACACUACUUAAUACAAACUUGGCCAAAAUGGCAACAGUUUUACCACAAAAGAGCGGAACGUACACGUUCGCCAGUCAGCCGAGAGCAGUUCCACAGCGCAAGAAAUACAGGGAUCCAUUGCAAGUGCAGCAACAACAACAAACUGGAGCAGUUCCAUAUGGCAAUAUCAUGUAUGACAGGCGCAUUGUGCGCGGCAACACAUACGCACAACAUACACUCCCAGCAACAGCUCAACCAGAUCCUAUUGAAAUCCAAAGACAGCAAGAGGUCAGAAGGCGUAAGAUUGCAGCCAAACGAGCCAAAGACCAACUGCGCCCAAGGUCCCCAGACCCAGUGGAGGGUCGGAAACACAUUGAUGUUCAGACAGAGCUUUACUUGGAAGAGCUUAGUGACAGGGUCGAGGAGGCAGAUAUUGAAUGUCAAACCGAUGCCUUCUUGGACAGACCACCAACCCCACUCUUUGUUCCAGCUAAAACAGGAAUGGAUGUAGCUACACAAAUUUAUGAAGGAGAUCUAUUUGACUUUGACAUUGAAGUGAAGCCAAUCUUAGAGGUUCUAGUUGGCAAGACAGUAGAACAAGCUCUUCUUGAGGUUAUGGAAGAAGAAGAACUAGCCAAUCUCAAUGCUCAACAGAGAGCGUUUGAAGAGCUUAGGAAUGCUGAGUUGGUUGAAACACAGAGGCUUGAGGAGCAAGAGAGACGGCACCGAGAGGAAAAGGAAAGACGAAUGAAACAACAGCGUGAGGUACUAAAGAAAGAGAAAGAGACAACAGAGAAGAUUGGUGCCAGAGCGUUUGCCCAGAGUUACCUUGCUGAUCUCAUCCCAUCAGUGUUUGGUACAUUGAGCGAUAAUGGCUACUUCUAUGAUCCAGUAGAGAGAGAUGUAGAGAAUGGUUUCUUACCCUGGAUUAUGGAAGAGGUAGAGAAAGUUAUCGGAAAGUCAGUACUCGGAAGGACUAUGCUGGAUGCAAUUAUCCGUGAUGUCGUCAAAGCUCGUGCAGCGGAGUACUUUAAGUUGGAAGAAUCCCAGCGUGAUGCAGAGAGGAUUGCUGCUGCUGCACAAGUGUUACUUAAUGAACAGCUUAAAGAGGAAGGUGCUGUGGCACCAACAGAGGGCGCUGUACCUACUGAAGGGGGACCAGAGGCUGCACAGGAAGAUGUUGGUGACGGAGAGGAGAGUCGACCUGAAACAGCUCCAGCAGAUGGAGCAACUGCUGAUGAAGACCCUGAAGAAGAUGGUGAUGAAUAAAUAAAUACACUCCGCAUGAAAGGUUUCACUUAUUAACACUAAGGACUGGUUAACAAUGAGACACAUUAAUGUUACCAUCCAAACAGCGUUGCAUCAUUCCUUUUGCUAAGUAGAAAUAAGCAGGGAACCAGACACUCAAUGUUUUAGCUGGUAACUGUAUUCUGCUUAGUAGAACAUUUCCUGGCAAAUGUUGAGCUGGGAAUAGUUUUCUUAUGCAAGAUGCUGCGGUAAUAUUUGGUAAUGUUAAUAUGCCUUAUAGUUUUCAUGCCAUUUCACUUUCCUUAAAUUUCAUCUCUCAACUUUGCAUUUGAUGACAUGAUUGUCUUUAAAGGCACUGGACACAUUUGGUAAAUGUCGAAGACCAGUACUCUCACUUUGUGUAUAACAAAUCUGG